CUCCUCCACUCCUCUUUCUCCAUUCACUGAGACAGCCUCUCUCCUCCUCUUUGAAUGGACUCUCGUCUCUGCGAGCCAAACAAACUCUGCGGCUCGUCGUCGUCGUCGUGUUGAAUUUAUUUCCCUCUCCUCCUCCUCCUCAUCGUGCUGCUGCUGAGAAAAGUCGACUUUGCCGUGUCGCCAUGAACUUCUGUCGGACUUAAGGAGUUUCCAGAGCAGCUGUUUGGUGUCGUAAACAACUGAUGGGCAGAAGAGGAGUCGUGUUGGAGAAGAAGCAGCUCUCGCAGUGACUCAAAGACUCUCUAGACUCGCGUGGAUUCGCAGCUCGGCGGCUGAUUCGGGGUCCGCCGCGCUCAGCCGAGGAGGUAGACGGGUAGAAAGGUACAAGGUGACAAGUCAAAUUUAAAAAUAGCCUACCUCUGUCCUAGUUUCCUCCCCUGGACCGCCAUGGGUUCAGACGUACGUGACCUGAACUCCUUGCUUCCCCCUCUCCCGCCGGGCCCCAGCCCCGGCUGCCCAGCCUUGCCCGUCAGCACGGCCCCUCAGUGGGCUCCUGUGCUGGACUUCCACACCGCCGCCGCCGCCUCCCCUUACUCCUCCCUGGCCGCCCCCCAUCCCACCUCCCUGGCUCCUCACUCCUUCAUCAAGCAGGAGCCCAACUGGGGAGCCACCAGCGACCCCCACCACCUGGACACGGACCCUCACUGCGGCCUCAGCGCCUUCACCGUCCACUUCUCGGGGCAGUUCACGGGCACCGGGGCCUGCAGGUACGGGGCGGCGUUCGGGGCGCCCCCACCUGCGCCGCCCAGCGCCAGUCAACCGCCGUCCGUGACCGCACCACACCACCACCAGCCCGCCAGCAGGAUGUUCAGCAACCCACCGUACCUGACCAACUGCAUGGACACGCAGCAGGCGGCACGCAACCAGACAGGUUACGGCACGGUCGCCUUCGAUGGAGCCGGUAAUUACGGACACACUCCUACACACCACAGCUCGCAGUUCUCCAACCACUCCUUCAAACACGAAGACGCUUUGACCCAGCAAAGCACCAUGGGUGAGCAGCAGUACCCUGUACCUCCUCCCGUCUACGGAUGCCACACACCUUCAGACAGCUGCACGGGCAGCCAGGCUCUGCUGCUGAGGAACCCGUACAACAGCGGAGACAAUUUAUAUCAAAUGACCUCUCAGUUGGAGUGUGUGGCAUGGAACCCUGUCAGUACACUGGCAUCCACCAUGAAGAGCCACGCGACGGGCUACGACAGCGACCCGAACACCCCGAUGGUGUACAGCUGCAGCACGCAGUACCGCAUACACACACACGGAGUCUUCAGGGGCAUACAGGAUGUGCGGCGGGUUCCCAGCAUCGCUCCAGCCAUCGUGCGGUCCGAGAGCAGCGAGAAGCGUCCGUUCAUGUGCGCCUACCCGGGAUGCAACAAACGCUACUUCAAGCUGUCUCACCUGCAGAUGCACAGUCGCAAACACACAGGGGAGAAACCUUACCAGUGUGAGUUCACAGACUGUGGCCGGAGGUUUUCCCGCUCCGACCAGCUGAAGAGACACCAGAGGAGGCACACAGGAGUUAAACCCUUCGAAUGCGAGACGUGUCAGAGAAAGUUCUCUCGGUCUGACCACCUUAAGACACACACCCGGACUCAUACAGGUAAAACAAGCGAGAAGCCGUUCAACUGCCGGUGGCCCAACUGUCAGAAGAAGUUUGCUCGGAGCGACGAGUUGGUGCGACACCACAACAUGCACCAGAGGAACCUCACCAAGCUCCAGCUGGCCAUCUGAGUCUCUUAGUCUCUGUCACGUCUUUAAAUGUAAACAUCUGGGUUACUCCUGCCUGUAUUUUGAUUUUUUUGUCUUUGGUUAAUCCACCCCCUGAAACCGGCGUAUGGGUAUGGGGCCUUUUUUUGAUUGUACAAACUAGGAAAUACGGUCUGUCUGUUCAGCACUGUGACUUUUAAACCAACAAAUCCCAUCAGAAGACCAAACGUGGCAUCAGUGUGUCAGAAAUGUUGAUUCCAGCUGUGUUCAAAUGACUUCUUCCCCAGAUAGCAAAUAUUUUGGCACUUUUGGCUUUUUUUGGCAUUAAGAAAGCCUUUUGGCUUAACUGUGGUAUGAUCAGGGUUAUCCAUAAUAGAUAAGGAGGCACCAGCAAUAUAUGAAUGAGUUAAGGCAUGUGUAUGGCAUGCCAGAAGACUGGGGCAUUUAUGGCUAUAUUUCGUCCACAGUUUGUUUUGGGUGAAUUGUGGCUCCCGUUUGGUUUGAUUCUGGCUUUUCCUAAUUUGGACCAUUCAUGGCCCAGACAUCCACCCAUAACUUUGCCAAAAUGACAAGCCAGAUUUGGGCCAAAGUGAAGCCAAAAGAUUUUUGCUUUCUGGGUCAUGGUAAUCUCUGCAGCUGCUGUGCUGUUUUGGUCUCUGAUAAGUCUUCAUACUCACCAGUGACUGAAACAACGCGAUGACAACUCAACAAUACUCAGCAGUUUCUGAUCCUGAUGCAGAUUUUUGUGAAUAUUUUAAAGAAAUGCUGAAUCAUUUCCCUUAAACAGCAGAGCACUGUAGUUUUUAGCACAACAGCAUUUGUUUUCUGCUGCAGGUCUGGUGAGCCAGGCUUAAAGUUCACCACUAUGCCGACGACACACUGUUGUAUAUUUCUGUGUCUCCUCAUGACCUCAGCCCAAUCAUCUACUAAAUACAUUGCUUAGAUGAAAAAAGUGACUGGUUGGCAACCAAUGUUCAGCGAUCAUUUGAGUUGGGGCUAGAGAAGUUGAUCCAACUUUUAAAAAAACACAAUCAGAUGCU